AGGGAGGGAGGCAAAAAAUCCAUGAAUGAAUAAAGAGGGAGGAGCCUGGGAAAACCCCUCUGCAACGCUGCACCGAACAAAGCACUGCACACAUGCCGCGGGGGGGUGGGGGGGAAGGGGGAGAGAGGGACGGGGGGCGGCCGCGGCCCGGCACCCAGCGGGGACGGCGGCGGGGCCGAGAGGAGCCGGGCCGGGGCUCCGCGCCUCCCAGUGCCCCCAAAACCCAUGCUGCAGACCCGGGGAGGAGCGGGGGGGACGCCCGGACACAUCCACCGGGAGCCGGGGCGCACCGGCACCCCCGGGGGCAGCGCGGGCGCAGCCGGAGCGCGGAGUCCCCGCGCGUCCCAGAGGGGCCGCGGCGGAGCGCGGAAGCGCGGCCGGAGCAGUGACGUCACCGGGUCUCCCGGUCCCGCCCCCUCCCCGGGUCGGGGGAGGGGUCACCGAGGGGGUUUCCUCGCGGCCCGGUGGGGGAGGCACGGCCGGCGCGCCGGGGGGCCGCCGCCUCCUCCCCCUCGCCUUUCUCCUCCUCCUUCCCUCCGGUGGGACUGCCCGGCCGCCGCCGCCCCGGCCCCUGCUCCUGCCCCGAGGCAGGGGGCCACCUCGCCGCCGCGGCUCCCGGGGGUCUCCUCAAGGGGGGGUCCCCGCUCGGCACGGCACGAGGCAGCGCCUCCCCCGACGGCCGAAGCCGCCGCCGCCGCCGCUCGGGGCGCUGCGCGGUGCGCGUCGCGCUCCCCCCUGGCAGGGCCCGGCCCCCGGGGCACCGGCACGGCCGGGCGCGCACACACACACACACACACACACACACGGACGGACACGCAGAGAGACGGGGCUGACGCGGAGAUCCCGGAGGUUCCUCCCUGCCGCCCGCCCGGACGGGCUUCCCCGCGCCCCCGCCCGCCCGGCCCGCCGCGCCCCGGCGCCGCCGGGGAAACUCACCGCCGCGCCGCGCAUCCCGCCGCGGCUACAACUUUCCAUCCCGGGCGGCAGCCGGCGGCGGCAGCGAGCCCCUCCGCCGCUGGAAGUGGGCGGGGGAGGAAAUACGAGGAGGAGGCGCGUCGUGCUCUCCGCCGCGGCGCCCCUUUUUUGGCCCGGGACGCGGGUUUUGCCGGUGGGGGCUGUGCUGCCGCGGUUGGUUUCCUGCAUCAGCUGCGGGGGUGUGUGUGCACGGCGCACACGUGUGUCUGUGUGUGUGUGCGCUCUCCGUGACGGGUCACCCUGCCCGGCCAAGGGCUGCCCUCCC